CGACACCCGCACACAAUAAUCCCAACCCAUUUCUUCAUUUCAUUUCAUUCCCACCCCGCCCCGCCCCGCGAUCCCAAACAAAACCCCAAAAGGCAAAAAAUCCAUUUCCCUGCACCCAAAAAAGGCACAAGAAAAUAAAAUAAAAUUCUUUGAGGGCUUGAGCAGUUUGAGUCCCCGGGAAAGUUGGAGACGGCCAUGAGCGCCGACGAGGGGCCGGCGGCCCGCCGCGGCGAGAGGAAGAAGAAGGGGGUGGCGGCGGAGGGGGAGGGGGCCGCCGCGUCGCUGUCGCUGCUGGCGGACGACGUGCUGCUGCAGAUCCUGGGGCGGCUGGAGGGGGACCCGCGGGACUGGGCGAGGGCGUCGUGCGCGUCGCCGCGCCUGGCCGCGCUGCUCAGGGGGACGUGCCUCCCACCGCGCCUGACGCGGGCGCUGCCGGCGGAGCUGCUCCCGCCCCCGGCGCCCGACGGGGCGCACAGGGCGUGGGCCGCGCUCCACAAGCUGUCCGUCUGCUGCCCGGGCCUCCUCCGCGCCGGCGUUCUCCUCGAGCCCUCCGAUGACUUCGGCCUCGAGCUCGACAUCGGCCCCGACCUCGCCACCGCCCCCGCGCCUUCCCCCUCACCCUCCUCCUCCUCCCUCGACCACGCCUCCACCGCUACCUCCGCCGCGCCGCCGCCCGACCGCGGCGGCACCAACCCGACAUCGGACGCCGCCACGUGGUCGCUCUACGACGACCUGUACCUCGACGCCGCCUACGACUGCUCCUCCGAGGCGCAGCAGAUCCCGCCCCCCGCCCCCGCCUCCGCCUCCGCCCCAGCGGCGGGGGAAGGGGGAGACGUCGCCGCCCGGCGCGGGGUGGCGUCGGGGAGCAGGCGGCGGCCGCGGCGGUGGCUGGGGACGGUGGGGGCGCACCUGGCGUCGGGGUCGUGGACGCUGAGCCGGGAGCAAGGGAACAAGCUCCUCGCCAGCCGCUUCCGCGGCGACCGCCUCUACAUCUGCGACUGGCCGGGGUGCGUCCACGCCGAGGAGCGCCGCAAGUACAUGGUCUUCCGCGGCGUCUUCCACAACUUCGCCCGCUCCCAGGUCCGCCGCGCCCUCCGCGACACCCGCCGCCCCACCGUCGCCGUCGACUGCGCCUUCUGCGGCUGCACCGAGGCCUGGGACCUCUACGCCGCCUUCUGCCUCCGCAGCUUCUACGGCUACCACGACGACGGCGAGCCCGUCGUCCGCGCCUACGUCUGCGAGAACGGCCACGUCGCCGGCGCCUGGACCGAGCGCCCACUCUUCUCCUGACUCCGCGCGCCACAUAGUGGUGAUGUUAUGCUUGAAGUGUAAUUCUCCUGAGGAAGAGGAUCACUGCUCCUUGACUGUCAGCAAAAUCAAUCCACCCUCUCCACAUUCUCUGUUUGCUGAUGAGCUAUUAGGUGCAGCUCUUCUUGUCCUUCAAGGAGUGAAAUUAAUCUUCAAGGUUCUUCCUCUCUCUAGCUUUGCAUGGAUUCAGUUCAGCUACAACCUGAAAACCUCUAAACACUUUGAUUGCCCUUCCUGAUUGGAUUUAAACAUUAUCUUUGAUCUAGUUGACAUGGCAAUUCUUUAGAUGCAACUAACAAUCAGUGACAGUGUCACACUCUCACAGACUGUCAAUCAUGCAUGCUCUCCUUUCUGACCAUUGCAGAAAGUUGCACCUUUGCCAAUUGGGGUAUUAUGAUAUUUAUCAAUGGCAACUUGGCAAUGGCAGCACCUCCUGGUUUUGCCUUAAACUAAUAAACGAUAGUGAGGGAGUGUGUAGCAUACAAUUUUUUGGAUAGCGAGUUUGAACUUUGUAGUAGUAGUAUACUCCUAUAUGAUACUGGUACUAGUUUAUUAGAUAGUUUAUGGCUGUUGAUUCUCCUGCCUUUUGGGGCUGAUUCAC